GAGAAUGGACUGUGUGUACCUAUGGAAAAAUGUCCAUGUCACCACAACGGACAGAAAAUUCAUUCCGGCAAGUCUGUCACCAUUAGGGAUGAACACUGUGUUUGCAUGAAUGGAAAACUUCACUGUCGUUCCUGGAAAACCAAAAUUCUGGGAUGUUCCUCUCCGAAGGUUUUCUUCAACUGCAGUACAGCAGCCCCAGAUGAACAUGGAUUGGAGUGUGCAAAGACUUGUCUGCAACAGGCAGUUGACUGUUUCUCACUGGACUGUCAGUCUGGCUGCCAGUGUCCUUUUGGUCUAUUGGAUGAUGGGAGAGGACAUUGUGUUAAACCAGACUACUGCUCGUGUAAACAUAAUGGACUGGAUUACGCACCAGGAGCUGAGAUAAGCAUAGACUGCAAUCAAUGCACUUGCCAACGGGGAAAAUGGAAAUGUACACAUUAUAAGUGUCCAGGCAUAUGCGCCAUUUACGGCAGUGGACGUUAUAUAACUUUUGAUCAGCAAAAAUUCAGCUUUAGGGGAGAUUGCAGUUAUAUUGCUGCUCAG